AUGGGUUUUAAUUCUGCUGAGGAAUUACCUUCUAGGGUUCCUGUUUGGGUUCGCCUGUCGCGACUUCCACUGGAGUUUUGGAGGGAUGAUAUUUUGCAGCGGAUUGCGGCUCUGCUUGGGAAGCCUGCUGUGGUGGCUCAACAAACCCUUGAUCAUAAGGUAAUUUCUUAUGCUCGUAUUUGUGUGGAAAUUGACUUGAAUAAUCCCUUGCCAGAUUCUCUUGAAAUCUGUCUUGGCUCCUCUUCCUGGGUUCAGUCACUUGAUUAUGAGUCCUUGCCUUUCCGUUGUCGCGUCUAUCAUGAAUAUGGAAAUCUUCAACGACAAUGUCCCAAGGUAAAUAAAAAUUCCCAUUUUGAUAAGUCCUCUCCUUCUUCAUCGCCUAAGGAGGCUGAAGCGGACAUAGGGAAAGCUCCAAUUAGUGAUACUGAUUUGGGUAAGGAUAAGGAAGGAUUUUUUCCUGUUAAAUCUCGGGCAAGGAAUCGUGGGCAGAAAAGAUCUUUCAGAGAUAGGCAAACUGACGAGGGCCUCAAUCGAUUCGAGGAUAUUUUUGUGGUGCAUGAUACACGUGUUGUUCAGGAUCAAAAUGUGACCAUGGAGGAGCCUUUGCAAGAUGACAUGGUACUUGCAGAUUUAGCUAAGGUAGUUUGUGACAGGAUUAAGGGUUCAUCUCAUAGUCUCGGCGUGCAACAACGCCCUCUCAAGAAAAGUUCUUUUGAUCCUUCUUCUAUAGUUGGGAGAAAGAAGGAUCUCGAAAUGAUUAAACUUACUGGAGAUUUAUUAGUGGAGUCUACGUCUGUUAAGACCAUUGAUGCUCACUUUUCCCCAUCUCCCCCAUGA